AUGGGUGCUGACCCUCGACUGCCCAGACGGUGCUUGCCGGAGCGGCUGCUUCGGGGUCUUCUCGUUCUGGCUUGCUGCCUCACAUUGGGCACGUCCGAUGAGGCAUUGCGCCCCGUGCGAAUCACGUACGACAUCAUGGAUACAGCUUUGCGUGACUUGCAGCCCAUUGCCACGGCUGUGGCAGAGCAGCUGCGCCCACUCCUUCAAGGUUGGUCCCACGCUCACGUGAGGAAGAACCCGUCAGCGCGCCGGAUUCUGAUUGGUGGACCACACGCCUUGUCCUCAUCGUCUCCAACCUCUGCGUCCUCGGCAGUAUAUUCGACGGAACGCAUGACGCUGCCGCGCUUGUACUGUGUGGGACGGAAUGAAGAGGGCACUUGUAUCUCCAAUAACCCCUACACCGUCGAAACAUGUGAUGGCCUGCCCCUCAACGCCUCCUAUCUGGAAUCCACUGCGUGUAGUGCGGGAUCGGGAUUCUGCCUGUCCCAAACAAACGAUGGCGUCCUGGCUGAUUUGAUCAUCCUACUUGCCUUGGACGACGAAACCAAUGCAUGCGAGGGCCGAACCGCACGCGCCGUACCCUGCCUGCGUGCAAGCAACGCGCGCCCAAUUGCGGGUGCCGUUCGAUUCUGCACGACCGCCUUUCUGCAGGAUGACGCGGCCAGCCACAAUCUCCUGCUGCAUGAGACCAUUCAUGCCCUGGGCUUGGCCGACGCCCAUGCCCCGUUUUUUCGCGAAUGCACACCUGCAACCCAGCUUGAAAAUUGUACCCUUCGCGAUGCUAACACCGUCGUGGUGGCUGGGGAAGGCAACAGGUACUAUGCCAACCUGUCCACCGCCCGCAACCAAGUCCAAGCCUUGUUCGGCUGCUCAGAACACCAAGUCAAUCAAACUCCCGGUGUGCUGCUUGAGCAAGCCACGGACGGUCGUGAGCCCCCACCAUUGGACCAUUGGGAGUUUACCCUAUUUCCGCUGGAGAUCAUGACCAUCAACUGGAACUCACCCAUGGAUCGACUGCGGACGUUGACCCGCAUCACGCUGGCAGCUCUUCAGGACACAGGCUGGUACCUGGCAGACCUGAAUGGCGUACCGGACACCUUGGGCUCCAGCCCCUUCCGAUGUCGCCAGGCUUGGGGAGAGUGCGGUCGUAUUGAUGACAACAGCCACUACCCAGCGAGCUUUUUCUGUGACCCUAAUCAAGCCGGCGCGCUGCGCUGCUAUCCGCAGGACAACUAUCUUGCCGCCUGUAUAGCUUCGACCGCCUCGGCCCCCUGUGCCAUGCUCACGCCCAUCAAUGAUUGUGCGGAGGAAGAAAUUCUACGCGCAUUUGCCAAUGACACCAGUGACACCAAUGAUAUCAUCACUUGCCUCGCUCUUUCAAAUGCCUCGGCCACGUGCGGCGCGACCAAAUGCCUGGGCAAGGACACUUUUUGGGCUGCAAGUGACAAUAACUUGGUCUGGCAGCUUUGCGAUGAGGACAUGUGCCCUGCCAGUGCCGUGGACGCCUGCGGUCUUACAUCUGCCGCAUUUACCUCUCAACAAGCCGUGCUGGUAACGCUCUUGUUUUCCCAGCAGAAUCCUGGCGCAUCGUACCCUUGGUCGGCCGGCAACUGGACCCGCGCUUUGCGCACGCAGUUGCGCCAGGUCAUCAGCGGUUUUUGUCCAGAGCAGCUUCACGUGGUUAGACUCGAGUACAUCUCUCGAGUUAGUCAGACCAAGGUCAAAGUCUCCUUCUACCUAGCUGCUCUGAAUGGGUGCCCGAGCGAGCCCGAGGACAUUGUGUAUAGUUUUGCGGCGCGCAACAUUACCUUUUCCGUGCGCCUCGAGGCCUGGACCUACGCAUAUUUGCAACUUGUACCCGAAGAGACUGACGUCACAACAAGCGUCUCGACGUCAAGCACCCUAACCAUCUUUAUCAUAUCAGUACUUCUGGUUGCUCUUGGCCUCUUGCCUGCAGCUGUGGUCAUGCUCGUUGCCGCCUUGCAAGGCUACGCAUUUUGGCGCUCAGCAGCGGUGGGGAUUGGUGGUACUCGUGGCGAGUACUUCCUUGACCUUGAAGGAUCAGACCAAACCUCCACUGAAAGACAACCGGCAGGAGACACGCUGAGAGCCAACGCAAGUGAGGCCACCCCAGCCGCGCUGGGCUUGAGCCUCUACUUGGCUCCACCACCUCUUGCCCUCGACCCACGUCCUUUGGCUCGGCCUGAUGCACCGGUCACGGAGGUGGCUGACCUCGACGCCCGUCUGACCACAAGCAACGCAAACGCCGCUCCCGGUGAAGCACGCCGCGCUUCACUGCGAGCGGCUUGGCAGUAG